ACAACUUCUCAUCUUCUUCCUCCUCUAAACAACUAAUAUUUUACAUACAUACCAGCUAGGCUCUAACCAUGGCUUUCUCCUCCAUUGCCGCAGUUCCAUUCUUCGCGUUGGCUGUACUUCUCUGUGUCCAAACUUCUAUAGGAGGAGGGAUAGAGUGCGAGAAUCUGAAUAAAGACUCAUGCGCUUUCGCCGUAUCCUCGUCUGGAAAGCGAUGCGUGUUGGAAAGGGUGGUGCGAAGGAAGAGUGUGGAGGAGAACUACUUAUGUCGGGCAUCGGAGAUCGAGGCUGAUCAUCUCAAGGACUGGGUGGAAACCGACAAUUGCAUCCAAGCUUGUGGGAUUUCAAGAACGACCCUCGGAAUCUCAUCUGACUCUCUAUUAGAAUUCGACUUCAUGCACAAACUUUGUUCCCCUAGCUGCUAUGAUAACUGUCCCAAUAUAGUUGACCUCUACUUUAGUCUUGCGGCGGGUGAAGGUGUAUUUCUUCCGAAACUAUGUGAGACGCAUGGAUCAAACCAACGACGGGCAAUGGCAGAGAUUCAAAGCUCUGGUUCGGUCGCCCAGGGACCAGAAAUAGAGAAUUUGGAGGUGGCACCUGCUACAGCUCCGGCUAUCUUUUGAUCACAAAGAAUUUCAUAGUUUUUACACAGAAAAAUAAUACAUAGCAGGAGCCUUUAUAGUUUCAAAGGAAAGAGUUUAGUGUUUGAAAUAAUAAGGAUGAUAAAUUCAUGGUCUUGUUAGGCCAGUGUUUUGGUCCAUUUUAUUUGCAUGGUAAUUAUUGAAGCCUAUGGGCUUGCUGGUUCUUUGCUUUUGUAGUAGUUUGGUUAUACUUUAAUAUUAUGGGUUUCAUGAAUAAAAAUGAAA